CGGCAAUGGCACUAAAUGAGCCCUGUAUCAAAGACUCCUUCCUUUAAAUGAGAGGACCAAACAGGACGGUGUGAUGAACAUGCCACUGCAUCAGAUCUCUGUCAUUCCAGCUCGGGAUGUCACCUCUUCCAGAGUCUCUAGGAGCAAGACCAAAGAAAAAGAGAGAGAGGAACAGAAUGAGAAGGCUUUGGGGCAUUCCGUGAGCCGUUCCAGUAACAUCUCAAAGGCUGGCAGUCCAACCUCCGUUUCUGCUCCUCAUAGCUUCUCUCGGACUUCUGUUACGCCAUCCAAUCAGGACAUCUGCAGUUCCAGUGCAGUGUUUUCUGAAUGUUGUCAUCACAGUCCAGUGCAGUCUGCUGUUGUCUUGAAAAAUCCUCACUGCCAGAAUUCUCUGACACAAGGGGUCACAGUGACAGUAAUCUGUCAGGACACGUUACAGGCAUCAAAGAGAAACUCCCAUGGGCAGGAUUGGGUCCAUGCGCUCGAGUCUGCUAAAAAUGCAAAAGCCACCCGUGCUCUUAAAUUCUCCAAGUCCCUCAACGACAUGGACCAGAAGGCACAGAGCACCACAGAGGGCUCUAACUAUGGGGAGCGAACGUGCUCUGAAGGCAAACUGACCCCGACACAGGAGCAGUGUUUAAGGAUUAACAGAUUUAAUCAGAAAGAGAAGAAAUCGCUCAAUCUCAGGCCUUUUUUUAGCAAUUCUAAACACUCUUACAUGCCGUCUCUUUGCACUACCUACUCGAGCGUUUCGGGAGCAGCCGAGAACCACCACGCGGUGCAUAUACCUCUCCUGGAUGACAAGGUGGACAAUGAGACAUCAUCAAGAAGCAAAAAGCUGCUGCGCUACCUCUUCUCCUUCUCCCACAGCUCGAGUGCCAGCAGCCUGCAUAAGUUCCAUGAACUAGAGAGCUAUCCGAGCCACUUCCAAACAGCAAAAUCCUCCAGCCUGUUGGUGGAAAGCACAGGCUUCUGCUCUGAUGACAUGGGGGAUGACGACGUAUUUGAGGACAGUGCCUCCGUGAGGUUGAAAGCAAAAGAGCUGCGGGCACCACUCUGUUCAGUUGAGAAAGACAGUGACCUAGACUGCCCUUCUCCCCUGUCAGAAAAAUUCCCCCCUCUUUCCCCUGUUUCCACGUCGGGGGAUGCCUGCAGGAUAUGUCACUGUGAAGGAGACGAGGAGAGCCCCUUGAUUACCCCCUGUCACUGCACAGGAAGUCUUCAUUUUGUGCACCAAGCCUGCCUGCAACAGUGGAUCAAGAGCUCAGACACUCGAUGUUGUGAACUCUGCAAGUAUGAGUUCAUCAUGGAGACCAAAUUAAAACCUCUACGAAAGUGGGAGAAGUUGCAGAUGACGGCCAGUGAGAGGAGGAAGAUCAUGUGCUCUGUAACAUUCCAUAUCAUUGCCAUCACCUGCGUCGUGUGGUCUCUGUAUGUCCUUAUAGACAGGACUGCUGAAGAGAUUAAACAGGGACAGACUACUGGGAUUCUAGAGUGGCCAUUUUGGACUAAGCUGGUAGUUGUGGCUAUUGGCUUCACUGGAGGACUCCUGUUCAUGUAUGUACAGUGCAAAGUAUAUGUACAGCUGUGGAAGAGACUUAAGGCUUAUAACCGAGUAAUAUAUGUACAGAACUGUCCUGAUACUAGCAAAAAGAGUAUCUUUGAAAAACCUGCAUUAAUGGAGCCAAAUGUUGAAAAUAAAGAAAUGCUUGGGGUCCACCAUUCGGAUACAAACUCUUCACAUUACACGGAGCCUGAAGACUGUGGUGCAGAAAUCCUUCAUGUCUGA